AUGGAUGCUUACUCAAUGUCCGUCACUAGCGCUGCGCGCAAACACACGUCAAGGAUAUAUCAAGACUUGAAGACAGCGAGAAUACACACCAGCGCCGCACCGAGGAAACUGACCAUCAUGGAUAGAGUCCUGAAGCUCGAGACCCUCGAUCCCCCGACCAGGAGAUCGCAUAUCGCCGUCAUCGGCGCCGGAUUUGCUGGGCUUAGAUGCGCUGACGUACUGCUCCGACAUGGGUUCCGUGUGACCAUCUUGGAAGCCAGAAAUCGUCUCGGCGGCCGAAUAUACCAGGAGAGGCUCCCCAAUGGCCACCUGGUAGAUGUUGGCGCCAACUGGAUCCAUGGCACCACCGAAAAUCCUAUUAUGGACCUGGUCAGGGAGACCAACACGGCAGUUGGCGUCUGGGACUCUCGCACGUACGUCUUUGAUGAAGAUGGUCAACUCCUUUCUCUCGAGGAGGGGGAGAAAUAUUCUACCUUGAUGUGGAGUAUUAUUGAGGAUGCUUUUGAGUACUCAAACAAACAUGGGUCUGAAAUUGACCCAAACCAGACGCUCUUGGAUUUCUUUCAGGAACAGGCCACCAUGAGGAUACCGGAAACCGAGGAGGGCUAUGAGAGGCGAAGACGCAUACUACUCCAGAUGGCUGAGUUGUGGGGAAGCUUUGUGGGAAGUCCUCUUAGUACGCAGAGCUUGAAGUUCUUUUGGCUGGAGGAGUGCAUCGAGGGUGAAAACCUCUUUUGCGCCGGGACAUAUCACAAGGUUCUAGAAAAGGUUGCCCAGCCAGCUAUUGACGGGGCUGACAUCCGGUAUCAAACCCGUAUCUCCGAGAUCCACGGCAAGUCAACGUCACAGAACGGCAUGGUCCGGGUCAAGAUCACAGAUGGUCAGGUCAUGGAGUUUGACCAGGUAGUGGUCACAUGCCCUCUGGGAUGGCUGAAGCAAAACUUGGACGCCUUCUUUCCUCCCCUUCCCGACCGCAUGUGCCAGGCGAUCCAAAAUAUCGGUUACGGGAACCUGGAGAAGGUGUACAUCUCCUUUCCUAGCGCCUUCUGGCUUACUUCUUCUAAAGAAGGCGGCAGGACCAUACAAGGCUUUUGCCAAUGGCUCGCCCCGACCUACGCCCCUGAAUCCAACCCCGACCGCUGGCUUAACGAAAUCGUCGAGCUCGGCUCCCUCGCUGGCACCGUCGGACACCCCACCCUACUGUUCUACACUUACGGCGACCAGUCUCGGCACAUCACGUCCAAAGUGCGCUCCUUACCCACCGCCAAGGAACAGUCUGAGUUCCUGUUCGCCUACUUUAAGCCCUACUAUUCCCGCCUGCCGUCGUACGAGGAAGGGCACCCGGACUGUCAGCCUGUGGCGUGCUUCGCCACAGAUUGGGAGGGGGAUGAGUUGGCCGGGAAUGGGAGUUACGCUAAUUUCCAGAAGGGCCUAAUGGAGGGCGAUAAGGAUAUCGAGACGAUGAGGGCGGGGUUGCCGGCCGAGGGCGUCUGGCUCGCCGGAGAGCACACCGCGCCAUUUGUCGCACUGGGGACGGUGACGGGGGCGUAUUGGAGCGGGGAGCAGGUUGCGAGGAGGAUCGCGGGGGUGUUGUAA